AUAUAAAGCUGUUAUCAAGGAUGUGACUACGCGCGUGCGCGCCCGAGUCUGACCAGAAGCCACGAGUGCUGACAGGAGUGGCGACAUGGCGGAGAGCUCAGACGAGCCCUGCCCGCGCUGCCAGGAGCCCGCGGUGGUUUAUGAUUCAGCUGGAGGCUGCUUCGUGUGCUCCAGUUGCGGCUACGUGGUGGCAGAGCAAGGAUUCGUCGCGCAGCACGCCGGCCCGACGGUGGAGCAGCCUGGCGACGCGCGGGAGGGCGCUGGCGGACGGGACCGUGUGGUGUCUGCGGCGGCUGCAGCCUACGCCGCAGCAGGUGGCGGCCGGCUGGACGGCGGCAGUGGCCUGGGUGCGGGCUCCUUCCAGGACCGCCUGCUGAGGGGGGCGGCGGCGGCGGCAGGGGCUGGGGCGGGGGCAGGGGCAGGGUCACGGCAGCUGCGGCAGCGGAAAGAGUUGGACACACUCCGGGCGCUGGCGGCGGCACUGAGACUGCCGGGGCCAGUGGAGGCGGCAGCAGCGGGAUUCCUGGCGCAGAUCCACACAGCCCAGGCGGAGGCUUACCGGGCGGCCCGCAUGCGCCGCCAGCUGCAGCAGCAGGAGCAGUGGGAUGAAGCAGAAGGAAAGGAGCCGCAAGCCCCAUGUCCGGGCGCGGACCCGGGUGCUGGCGGUGUAGCCGCGGCUGUCGUUGGCGCCGGCGGUCGCGCGGCGGAGCCAGUGGAGGGCGAGGUCGGCGACAAGGACAAUGACGACGACGAGGGAGCCGGGGAGUCGGAGAGCGGCCUGGAUGACGAAGAGGAAGAGGACUCGGAUGACGGUGGAGGCGGCAGCGGCGCAGUGGCGGACAGGGGCCGGCAGGAGGGGCCGGCAGCUGCACGGCGCCGGUGGCUGGCAGAGCCGCCACGCACCGGCGGAGCAAUGCGAGCGGCGCGGCUAGCCGGGCUGUUGUACCUGGCGGCCCGGUGCGGCGGCGGCGGCGACAACGGUGGCGGUCAGGUGGCACUGACACUGGCGGAGGUGGCGGCAGCGUGUGCGCCCGGCUGCGGUGGCGCGUGCGACAUGUUUGUGCUGGCGCAAUAUGCCAAGCACCAGGCCCUGUUCCUGGGUCUGACGCCGCUGCCGGCUGUGGACGUGGAGCGACACGUGGGCCGCAUGACCCGGGCGCUGCUGGCGGCCACCGCAGCCGCAGCCGCAGGCGGAGGCGGCGGUGGGCUUCCACCGCUGCCGGGGAGCAGCAGCGGUGGCGGUGGGGCGCCUCCUGCGGCUGGUGCUGGUGCUGGUGCUGGCCGUGGCUCCCCAGGCCUGCCGCCGCCGGCCGCCGCUGUGCCGCUGGACGAGACUGCGCUGUGGCGUCACCCGCUGUCGCGCCGCUGCGGCCAGCUGGCGGCGCUGGUGGUGCGGCGGGGCUGGCACGAGGGCCGGACACCGAGGACGGUGGCAGGCGCCGUCCUCAGCAUAUGUAUAGACGGCUUGUAUCCGGGGCACCGCACCCAGCGGCGGCAGCAGCAGCAGCGGCAGCGGGAGCAGCAAAAGCGGAAGAGGAGGAGCCAGGGCCGGGCAGGGCGCAGGCAGGGUGGGGGCGUUGCAGGCGAGGACGCGCGCGUGGAAGAGGAGGAGCCGGAUGAGGAGGCGGAAGAGGAGGGGGAGGAGGGCCCGCUGACGCUGGCUGCACUGGCGCGUCACGCCAUGUGCGCCCCCCGGCAGCUCAUACAGCUGAGGCAGGAGCUGCUGACCCACCUGCUGCAGCUGUGUUCGGGCCUGCCGCUGGCUCCCGGGCUGGUGACGCGGGGCAAUGUGGCGACCCAGUUGGAGCUGCUGCUGGCGGCGGAGGCGGCGCUGGGCGGGGCGGCGGCGGUGCCAGGAUGAUAGGUGUUGGAGCAGGAGUGGUGGGGUCAGUGACGGCGAACAGCUGUCCACAGGAAGGGAGGAGGGAGUACCCGUCUGAAACGCAGUCAGACAAGCAGUAUCAGGGGGAGCGUGAGGUUUUAGGUGUGCUGUGUAGCUCGACGCUUCGCGUUGCAACGCGGGCUCUUGUUGAUGAGUGGCACCGGCGGCCGGAGGCAGGAUGCCCGUGCGGCGUCACGCAUCCGUCCGACCGGGCGCAGGCGGGUGAUGACAUCUUUAUGGUUGCGAUAUUACAAAGAAGGGACAAUCCGACCAAGCAAGGGUGCCCGUGCACCCAGGUCAAGAGGGACCAUCUCCGGCCCGAAAGGAAACCACCC